AACGGCUCUCCCGGCUCGGCUCGGCGGCCUGCGAGGUCUGUCUACUAAAGACCGUCUCGUCGGCUCUGCCGUCUCCGUUUCCCCUUCCCUCGUCAUCUGCCCGCAUUACAUACAGGCUUCUUCUUUACGUGCCCAGCUUUGUCGAAUAAUUUAAUCCAGCUCGGGUGGUACCUCUUCCGUCUUGGUCUCACUGCAACCUGCCAGAGGAAGCGCGCAUCUCGCCUCGUUGCAGCAAGUAAUCAAACUCCCUUUCGUGUCGUCUCGCCAACAGACCCAACCGCCCCUCUCGUCAACCUUCACGUAACUCGUAGGGAAACGCCCGCCUCUAUCGUAACAGUAUCCCUCAUUGGGUCUGAUACAACACAAGGAGACCUGCCGUAUUGAGUUUAGACCCAGGUCCCAGGGCACAAGCUUCUUUUGGGUCGUGAACCCCUUGGCUCGUCUACCGCCGGUCGACCCGUCCAUCAUCCCGCAAAGCUUCGAACACCACGUAACUCAAACUCCGAGUAUCAACCGUGCUUGUGGCUGAGCCGAAAGCAGCCACGGCACGGUCCAGAUAACCCAACUUCGGCAGGGUCGACUUUACCCAGAUGAAUCGAACGUACCGUAUCACGCCGAUUCAGCAUCCAGAUCGGGGCGCUCCGUUUGCGUACAGGCCACUCCUUUCGCGACUGCCACUAGCGCCUCCCCUAAUCAUCCAAUUAGACACUUGGGACGAGGACGACGAGUUGAUAGUGCCGACGGAGGAGGAGUUGUCGAACAUGAUCUGCCAUCUGACGCUCGAAACGCCCGCUGGAGAGACUGCCGCCCAGGUCAAAAUUUCGGAUACCGAAGUCGUUCCAAUGCUGUACGGGACGCUCAUAACGACACCCAAGCAGAUGCUGGACACUGCUGGAGCUCCUGGGGUCUAUUUCUGUUUCCCAGAUGUCAGCGUGCGGUUCCCGGGACGCUUUCGGCUAAAGGCAUAUGUGACUCGCCUUCACGGUGGUGCAGCAUUGGAUUCGUGCUACACCGAACCGUUCGAGGUGAUCCCCGAAGCACAAUAUGUCGAACCACCGAUUACCGACUUGACCAGACACUUUCAUGCCCAAGGACUGGUCAACUUCGGUAUUCCUGCCAAUGACUGGUAGACUCUUUGUCGUCACGCGAGGCUCAACGAGAGCCAACAUCGUCAAGAGAGAGGUCCCUCGAGUCAUCUCGGACCCGAGGGCACGGGCGCUUCUGGGCCGCUGGACGGCCACUGGGUGCCUCCAGAAACGGCUCCCUCUGUCUGGAUACAGAGUCGACGGAGCUCUUUGACCUCCCGUUGGAAACCAAGGCCUGGAACGCAGGUAGCCCGUAGGACCAGCAAGUGGACCGCGGCCAGCAGGUCACCCACGACGAACGACCAACGAUCAACUUCCGACAUAGAGACGUCCGCCCGAGUCUGGCUCCCCACGACUUUCAUCGUCAAUCACCUGCUCGCAUAGUCCCAACAUUACUGUACCACGCACUCGACAAGCUGUCAAUUUCUGUAUCAUAGUAACUCUAGAACUCUCUAAACCGGUUCGUUCAACUUCCCUCAGGGGAUGAUACUUGUCUAUAAUCGCCGUACGUGCGGCUGCACGGCCAACGGAAUGCAUCACCCGACAAGAGCCUUCUUUCGCAACCAUGGUGAGCAGAGCCGCUUCCCUUUGACCCAGCUCUGGGUCGAGCUACGUCGGGUCACAGCUCGUUCUUUCUCCCGGUGGGCUGGGCAGGACAUCAAGUGUUGUGCCUGCCGGGUCUCUUCGUCAAGCUGUCGAACAAAGGCGCA